UCAUACGCAACGGACUGGCCAUGGACUUCUCUUCAUGGAUUCGACGCAGUCUUCUCAAAAAUCCUGAAAAACCAGAUCUACCAAAGCAAUCGAAUAUGACACAAGCUGGAGACGAGCUUCUUGGAGUCACACAGCCAUUGAUUGAUCAUAUAAAGACCUUCACAGUCGAUAGUUUCAAGAAUUUCCGUCUCCAAGAUGAUGACGGAAUCGCUGAUGCCUAUGCAAGUCCGACAAGCUCCUCCGGUAAUGUACGGCAGGAUCUCGCCGAGUGGCAGCAACGGCAUGCUACUCUUGUGCUUUCAAGAGUGAAGGAACUUUCACAACUUAGAUUUAUGCUUUGCCCUCGGCACUUGAAGGAGCGACAAUUUUGGCGGAUCUAUUUUAUGCUUGUCAAGAGCCAUAUAGCCGAAUAUGAGCUACGCGCCAUACAACUAGCGAAACUGAAAAAAAUGGAAGUCGAGAAUGAUGAAUCCCAGCAUUCCAGUGUAUAUGAAGUUGAAAUGGCAGAAACAAAGCAAGUAGCAAGAUCAUCAUCUUCGACUCCUUGAAACUGCUAUUUGCAUUCCUAGAAAUUUAACAGGUGGUUUGCUUCAUUACUUGGGCAAUUGAUUCCCUUGAUAUUAACCGGAUGGAUCUGGAAUAUAUUGUCCAACUAUUUUGGAUCUUGAUGACAUAAAGAUGUGACAAAAUGUAUAAUACUCCUAACCCAACAAGACUUUACCAGUUUGUGUAGCGCAGGGUCAAAAGCUUGUAAAUGUUGAAGUUUCUACCAUUUGACAUUCUUGCACUCAUUUUCUUAUUUGUUUCC